GUUACUCCUCUUCCUCCUCCUCCUCCUCGCCGUCGGCCGUGCUCGGAAUCCAUCGAUCCUUCCAACUCAGACUAGACAUGGAGUGGAAUCCACAAACCCUACAGUUUCUAUCGCAAUGUUUCCUCGACACACUCUCGCCUCAACCAGAACCCCGCCGCCGUGCCGAGAAAAACCUCUCCGACGCCGCCGAUUCUCCUAACUACGGCCUUGCCGUUCUCCGUCUCGUCGCUGAACCUUCAGUUGACGAACAGAUCCGUCAAUGCGCUGCUGUCAACUUCAAAAACCAUCUUAAAACUCGGUGGGUGCCUUCGUCGGCUUCCCCUAUUCCCGAUGCUGAAAAGGAGCAGAUUAAAACUCUAAUUGUCCCUCUCAUGCUCUCCGCCACUCCUAAAAUCCAGGCACAGCUUAGUGAAGCCUUAGCUGUGAUUGGGAACCAUGAUUUUCCUAAGCUAUGGCCGGCUUUGCUUCCUGAGCUUAGGUCUAGCCUUGAAACGGCUAUCAAUGCGAAUGAUUUUGCUUCUGUUAAUGGUAUCCUUGCUACUGUUAACUCAUUGUUUAAGAAAUUUCGCUAUCAGUUUAAGAGUGAUCCUAUUCUGCUUGAUUUGAAAUAUUGCUUGGAUAACUUUGCUGCUCCCUUGCUGGCUACUGUUGAGAGUAUUUCGGUAAAAAUAAAUGCUGCUGCUGGGAAUGCUGCAACGCUACGUCAGCUCAUUGAGGCACAGAGGCUUUGUUGUCGGGUAUUUUAUUCAUUGAAUUUUUUGGAUUUGCCUGAAUUUUUCGAGGAUACGGCUGAUAAAUGGAUGAAUGAGUUUAAGAACUAUCUCACUGUGAGGUAUCCAGUUGUUGAGGAUAGUGGUGCUGAUGGUCUCUCACUUGUUGAUGAGCUACGAGCAGCUGUUUGCGAGAAUAUAAGUCAUUACAUGGAGAAAGAGGAGGAGCUAUUUCAAAAGUACUUGAGUGGGUUUGUGGAAGCUGUCUGGAGUCUUCUUGUAGUUGCGUCAGCGUCUCCAAGCCGUGAACGGUUGACUGUGACUGCAAUCAAGUUUUUAACCAUUGUUAGCACCAGUGUUCACCAUGCGUUGUUUGCUGGGGAUGACAUAUUGCAGCAGAUUACUCAGAGUAUUGUUAUUCCGAAUGUGAUGUUGCGAGAUGAGGAUGAAGAGCUGUUUGAGAUGAAUUAUGUCGAGUUUAUACGGAGAGAUAUGGAAGGGAGUGAUCUUGAUACCAGGAGGAGGAUUGCUUGUGAACUUCUCAAGGGGAUUGCCGGAAAUUACAAAGAGAAGAUUACGGAAAGGGUUUCAUCGCAGAUUCACAAUUGCUUGGCCCUGUUUGCUGAAAACCCAGCCGCUAACUGGAAAUAUAAGGAUUGUGCCAUAUACUUGGUUGUUUCCCUUGCCACGAAAAAGGCAGCCGGUGCUUCAAUCUCAACUGAUCUUGUUGAUGUUGAAAGUUUCUUCAGAUCAGUUAUUGUGCCAGAGUUACAGGGUCAGGAUGUCAAUGCUUUCCCAAUGUUGAAGGCAGGUGCAUUGAAGUUUUUCACCAUGUUCCGGGUCCUGAUUCCUAAACCUGUUUCUAUGGCUCUUCUUGGUGAUGUGGUCCGGUUUCUUAGUUCAGAUGCUAAUGUGGUUCAUUCUUAUGCUGCCAGUUGUAUUGAGAAGCUCUUGCUUGUCAAGGACAAUGGAGUCCAAGCAAGAUAUACGUCAAUGGAUAUUGGUCCCAUUCUUCCAAUGUUGAUGACAAACCUUUUUGGUGCCUUGGAGAAGCCCGAGUCGGAGGAGAAUCAGUAUAUUAUGAGGUGUAUCAUGCGGGUUCUUCAGAUUGCUGAUAUAUCUCCUGAGGUAGCAUCUCCUUGCGUUACUGGGCUGACAUCAGUUCUUAACAGGGUUUGUGAGAAUCCUAAAAAUCCGGUGUUUAACCAUUGCCUAUUUGAGGCAGUAGCUACCCUUGUUCGUAGAGCAUGUGAAAAGAACCCUUCUCUUGUGCCGGCUUUUGAAACUUGCCUUUUGCCCAGCCUUCAGAUGAUAUUGGCUAAAGAAGUAACAGAGUUCUUCCCUUACGCAUUCCAGUUGUUGGCUCAACUUGUGGAUUUGAACAAACCUCCUGUUCCUGCACACUACAUGCAGAUAUUUGACAUCCUAUUGAGACCUGAUUUGUGGAAAAAGUCUGCAAAUGUCCCGGCCCUCGUACGUUUACUUCAGUCAUUCCUUCAACAGGCACCAAAUGAGCUUAAUAGGGAAGGGAGAUUAAGCCAUGUGCUUGGGAUAUUCAACAAACUCGUUUCUUCACCGAGCACAGAAGAGCAGGGAUUUUAUAUUCUUAACCCAGUCAUUGAGAAUCUUGGAUAUGAUGUCUUAGCAGAAUACAUGAACCACAUCUGGGCUUCCCUAUUUACCCGGCUCCAAAAUAGUAAAACCCCAAGGCUUGUUAGAUGCCUCAUUAUAUUUAUGUCUCUCUUUCUGGUCAAACAUGGCUUACAGACUCUUAUGGACUCAAUAAAUUCUGUUCAGGCGAAUUUAUUUCAUGUAAUUUUGGGUCAGUUUUGGAUACCGACUCUUAAGACUAUAACUGGUUACACAGAGGUUAAGCUGAGUGCAGUUGCAUCAACUAAACUACUUUGUGAAUCCCCUUCACUGUUGGAUCCUGCAGCUGAGGAGCUUUGGGGCAAGUUGCUGGACAGCAUUGUCGCUUUGCUUUCACAGCCAGAAGAGGAAAGAGUUGAGGAUGAACCAGAAGUUCCGGAUUUUGCAGAAGCAACUGGUUAUCAAGCCACUUUUGUUCGUCUUCACAAUGCUGGUAAGAAAGAGGAGGAUCCUUUAAAGGAAAUCAAGGAUCCGAAACACUUCUCGGUGGCUUUGUUGGCAAAUACCUCUUCUCAAUUCCGUGGGAGAUUCCCGCCAAUUAUAACUAGAUAUCUUUCUCCUGCUAAUCAAGCUGCACUUCUCCAACUGUGCAAUUCGUACAAUCUCUCGAUAGUAUGAAAAAAGAAUUGUGUCAAGGAUAUCUACAACCCAACUUGUGGUGGUUCACCAGUUGAGUCGAGUCGAGUUGAGUCGGUCGAGCCAGCAAAAGGGUGGCGGGUUCAGUCAUGGUGGUUUAUUCGGCGGUUGGGAUUUCAUAGAGUUUUGAAGUUGGGUGCCAUGGAAGAUUUCCCCAAUUCAUGAAGAUGGUAAAUCCACAUUUUGGUAAGAUGGUGUUUUGUUUUCAAGUGUUGUGUGUGUAGCAAAUGUGUGGUGUCUUUUGAAUCAAAGUCAUUGAGAUAUAAUGGAUACUACUUUACUACUAAACUCUUCUUAUUUUAAACAUUGAAUGAGGAGUUGUGAACAA